AUGGGUGCAGCCGAAGAGGAGGGAGAAUACGGCUGGAUAGAGGGUCUGGCUAUUUUGGGUGCUGUUAUUGUCGUUGUCAUAGUGACAGCUGUUAAUGACUGGCAGAAAGAGCGUCAGUUUCGCGGCCUGCAGGACAAGAUCGAGUCGGACCAUCGAAUCUCUGUGAUAAGGAAUGGCGAAAUUGCGGAGGUUCUCGUCGGCGACAUUGUUGUUGGCGACAUUUGUAUAGUCAAAUAUGGCGAUCUCUUGCCGGCAGAUGGUGUGAUCGUUCAGAGCAAUGACCUAAAGGUUGACGAGAGUUCGUUAACUGGUGAAGCAGAUCACGUCCGGAAGGGUGAAUCCGCUGAUCCUAUGCUUCUCUCAGGUCUGCCUUUGCUUCGAUAA